AUGUGCCAGCCUGCGCCCUCCUCGCUCUUCUCGACUUCUUUGACCAACUCCCUGGUCAACCUGCCCUUGAUUACCUCCGAGAUCUCCAGCGACCGCUCGCCGACCAACGACCUCGCCGUGACCGCAUAUCCCCAACUGACUCCCUCCGCCUUGGCUUUCGACUUCGCGGUCGGCGAGGUGAUUUGGCUAGGGGUCCCGGGUCCGUCCUGA